UUUCUCUCUCCUCUUCCAUCAUCUCCGAUAUCUGUUGCUCUUCUCCAUAUUAAAAGCCCUAGACCCCAACAUCUUCUAUGGCCGUGAAACAGCGGCUUUUCACCCAUCACUAACAACUCCUCCUGUAUCCGUGCGUACAACUGUAUGCUAUAUUUCACACGGAUUUUCUUCAUCUAAUCUUCUUCUUGUCCUUGGUCGUCUUUUUCCAGAUUCUUUCUUACUUCCUCAACUAUAAGUAGUGGAAGAUGGCAAAUGUGGAAGCAGCUUCAGCAGCUGCUGGUCCAAGGUAUGCACCAGAUGAUCCAACCCUUCCGAAUCCUUGGAAAGGGUUGAUUGAUGGGAGUUCAGGCCUUACAUAUUACUGGAAUCCGGAGACAAACAUCACUCAGUAUGAAAAGCCAGGCAGUGCACCUCCAUCAGUGCCAUCUGCUGUAUCUCAUGUGGACACUGCAUCCCAACCAACUGUGCAGCAAGGGCCACAUCAUGGACAAACUGCUGAUGCUUCUCAGUAUCAACAGCAAUACAUGAAUCAGUUAUCUCAGCAGCAAGGACAGUUUCAGGCUCUAUCUGGACAAGUGGCUCAGCAACAAGGACUGUAUCAGGGUCCCCCUACUGGACAAAUGGCUCAGCAGCAGCAGCAGCAGCAGCAGCAGCAGCAGCAGCAAUAUGCACAUUAUGGACAAGGAUUGCCUCAAAGAGGCUCACAAAUAGGUCAAACACCAGUGCAACAGGGACAGACAACACAUCAGCAGCACUAUGGGUCGCAAAUGACGCAGCAAAGUGGUCAGCAGAUGCUUCCACAGCAAGGGUCACAGCCGGUGCAACAUCCCGUCCAGCAUAGUUCUCAACAGUUAGGGUCGCAACCAAUGCAUCAAGGCCCAAUGGUAGGACAAUCACAGGGGCAUCAUUUUAUGCCUCAACAAAUGCAUUAUAAUGCUUACCAACAACCACCAAUGCUUCCACAGGGGCAGCAAAAUGCACAACCUCACCCUCAGCUUAUGCCACAUGGACCUCAGUUCUCAUAUGAACAAGAUCAUAGAAAUGUGAUACCUCAGCAGCAAAAUGAUUCCGAUUUUUCAAAGGUCAAGCAAGCUGGGACUUCCAUGUCUCAAGUUGAGCCAAGUGGUCGUGCAUCUGGUCAUGCUCCAACAUCUGUCAAUGCUUCCAACCAUGGAUUGCAGGCCAGUCCUCUCUCUGGUCAAUCACAACCCGUUGCUUCCUCAAUGCACAUGCAUCAGCCUCCACCAAAUGUUAAACUGCAAGAGAGUCGAAAUGAUAUUGCCAACCCGCCGCAUGCUUCCACUUAUCAAAAUCAAAUGGGUCAAUCCAUGAUGAAUAGUCAGCAACGUGGCCUAUCUCCCGUUGGAAGAAAUAUGGGUUUUGAUGAAACCCAGCAAAUACGAUCUGGGCAAGGAUACCCCUUCAACGGUAACAAGGAAGCACCAAUGAUGGCUCCUCACCACCCUAAUAUUGCUGCGCUACCUAAGGCGAGGAAUCAGCAGGACUCGAGGAUGGGUGCUUUCCCUCAUCAAAACGCGCCACCUGCCCAUGAUGGUUUGAAUUCAGUAGCUGCUCAUGGGAUGCAUAGCAUGCAUAAUCAUGCAAAUGUUGAUCUACCUAUCUCUAACCAACAUUAUAUGAGGCCAUCUCCUGUAAUGCCUGGUUCUUCAGAUGUUAUGAAUAUUUCUUCAGUUGAGGCUUACCGACUGCAACAUGAAGUUACUGCCACGGGAGAGAACGUUCCUGCCCCAUUUAUGACCUUUGAAGCCACCGGUUUUCCCCCAGAAAUACUAAGAGAGAUACAAUCUGCUGGUUUUUCUUCACCAACACCAAUUCAAGCACAAACAUGGCCUAUUGCACUACAAAACAAAGAUAUAGUUGCGAUUGCUAAGACCGGUUCAGGGAAAACGUUGGGAUAUUUGAUGCCUGCUUUCAUGCAUCUAAGGCAACGGCGGAAUAAUUCGAGGAUUGGUCCGACAGUCUUAGUCUUGGCCCCAACUCGUGAACUUGCUACACAAAUUCUAGACGAGGCCAAUAAAUUUGGAAGAUCUUCCAGGAUUUCCUGCACGUGCUUAUAUGGAGGAGCUCCAAAAGGUCCUCAGCUUGAAGAAUUACGCCAUGGAGCUGAUGUCGUUGUGGCAACUCCUGGUCGUCUCAAUGACAUUCUUGAGACGAGGAAUAUUGAUCUUCGUCAAGUUUCUCUGCUUGUUCUUGAUGAGGCAGACCGUAUGCUUGACAUGGGUUUUGAGCCUCAAAUUCGCAAGAUUGUGAAUGAAAUGCCUCCUCAUAGGCAAACUCUCAUGUACACAGCAACUUGGCCAAAAGAAGUCAGGAAAAUAGCUGGGGAUUUACUACGCAAUCCUGUGCAGGUGAACAUUGGCAAUGUUGAUGAACUUGCUGCAAACAAGUCUAUCACACAGUAUGUCGAAAUCGUACCCCACAUGGAGAAGCAAAGACGCUUGGAGCAGAUUCUUAGAGCCGAAGAGAGGGGCGCUAAAGUUAUUGUUUUCUGUUCUACAAAGAAGAUGUGUAAUGAUCUUACACGUAGUAUUGGCCGUACCUUCCCUGCUGCUGCAAUUCAUGGGGACAAGUCUCAGGUUGAGAGAGACUUUGUGUUGAAUCAAUUCCGCUCUGGGAAAUCACCAAUUUUAAUUGCAACUGAUGUUGCUGCCAGAGGCCUUGAUGUAAAGGACAUUAGGGUGGUGAUAAAUUAUGAUUUUCCUACUGGCAUUGAAGACUAUGUACACCGAAUCGGUAGGACUGGUAGGGCAGGGGCAACAGGAGUUGCUUAUACCUUCUUUUCUGAACAGGAUUGGAAGCAUGCUGGUGAUCUGGUUAAAGUGCUUGAAGGGGCUAACCAGCAAGUCCCUCCACAAGUGAGAGAAAUGGCUCUCCGCGGGGGUCCUGCUUUCAAUAAAGAUCGAAAUGGUAUGAAUAGGUUUGAAGCUGCCCCUGGCCCUGCCUUUUCUGGCGGUGGACGCUGGGAUUCCGGUGGGCGGGGUGGAGGCAUGAGAGAUGGUGGUCGCGGUGGCAUGAGAGACAGAGAUGACAAUGGAGGUCGUGGUGGUUUUGGCGGAUUUCGUGGUGGUGGCAUGAGAAAUGAUGGUUUUGGAGGGCGUGGUAUGAGAGAGAGAGAUGAUUUUGGACGUGGUGGACGAGGUGAUUUUGGUGGUCGUGGAAAUAGGGGAGAGCGAGGAGGAUUUGGUGGGCCCAGUGGUGGCUAUGGAGGUCGGUCCAGGGAUGAUUAUGGGUCCAAUGAUAGGUCCAACAAUAGAGAUGGUGGAUUUGGACGUGGCCGUGGUAGGGGGCGUUUUGAUAAUAACAGGAGAGAUGUGACACCGAGGAGUAGAGGAAGGAGUUACAGUCCCAGCCCUGAUAAGGUUCGUACUUGGGGAGGUUAUAGCAGAAGUGUGAGCCGUAGCCGUUCUCGGAGUAGAAGUCGAAGCUGGAGCCGAAGCCGAAGUCCCCGACGGAGCUACAGUCGGAGUUACAGCCGUAGUCGGAGUCGUGGUCGUAGCCGGAGUCGCAGCAAUGAGAGGCCUGUGAAGCGGGAACGUCGUCCAUCUGGAUUUGAUAAGCUGCCGGACCCGGAAAAUCAUGAGCAGAAGGACUCAGCAGCAACUACAAUUGGCACUCCUGCAGAAAUUACGAAUAGCAAUUCUAUUCCUGUAUAUGAUGCUGGGGCGAAGUUAGAGGUGAAAGAAGAGCCACCUGUUUUUUCAGGUGUGGUCAAUCAAUCUGAUCCAUCAGCAACAGGGUGAACUCUAGAGCUUUUUUUACUUAAACUCUCAAGGAAAACCCCCUAAAUACAACUCUGUUCAAUGUUAAGAAAACAAAGAUGUGAGUGGGGAGGAAAUCGAUGAUGCAUUUCACGGUUCUUUCACCAACAUCUUGGAGAAGAUUCAAACCUUUUUUGGUUGAACUGCCAAUUUAUAUUGAGACUUGCACAAUGAUUUAUUUUGAACAGCAGCCUGGUAUUUCACAUCUCAGCUUAUUACAUGAUUAAGACUCCGAGCUAUUAUGUAUUUUCUUCUGUAGAUGUAGCGUAAUCAUUGUUAUUUCGCCUUAUCUUAGUAUUUGUUAGAAGAUUUUUUUCGUGCUUCUAGCCCAAGUAUGAAGCUAGCAGUUAAAAUUCA